AUGGUCCACCUGCUCGCCUCCGAAGUCCGGCAGCUGCUCCACAACAAGUUCGUGGUCGUUCUGGGGGACUCCAUCCAGAGGGCUGUGUACAAGGACCUGGUGCUUCUGCUGCAGAAGGAUUGCCUGCUCACCCCAAAACAGCUCAAGACCAAAGGGGAGCUGAGCUUCGAACAGGAUGAGCUGCUGGACGGGGGUCAGAAGGGCCUCAUGACCAAUGGGACCCAGUACCGUGAAGUCCGCCAGUUCUGUUCUGGGCAUCAUCUGGUACGCUUCUACUUCCUCACGCGGGUGUACUCUGAAUACCUCGAGGCCAUCUUGGAAGAGUUGCAUCAGGGCAGCUAUGCCCCUGAUGUGUUCAUCAUGAACUCCUGCCUCUGGGACCUCUCCAGGUAUGGUCCGUACUCCUGGAAGAGCUACCGGCAGAAUCUGGAGAGCCUGUUCUGGCGCCUGGAUCAGAUGCUACCAAAGCAGUGCCUCCUGGUAUGGAACACAGCCAUGCCCUUGGGCGCGAAAAUCAGCGGGGGCUUCCUCCCGCCUGAGCAAGAGUUCUGCCCCACCUCCCUGCCUGAAGAAGUGGUGGAAGCCAACUUCUACAGCUCUGCUGAGGCGAGGAAACACCACUUCGACGUGCUGGACUUGCAUUUCCACUUCCGCCACUCGGGGCAGCACCGGCAGUCAGACGGCGUGCACUGGAAUGAACGUGCGCACCGACACCUCUCCCAGCUGCUGCUAGCCCACGUGGCCGAUGCCUGGGGUGUGGACCUGCCCCACCGAGAGCCCUUGAGCAAGUGGAUCGAAGAUGAUCCGGUUAGGGGGCGAGUUGGCCAGGAGGUUGAGAGGCAGCCCCAGAUUAGCAGAGAUCCAUGGGGCUUGUUUUCGCCCCCAUACCCACCCCCACCCCCACCCCCACCCAUGCCUCUGCUCUGCUGUAGACCGCAGUUACGGUUCCCACCCCCAAACCCACCCCCAGCGCGGCUGCCCAAGUCGUUUUCCUUACCACAGCCAUAUCCCAUGCCCCUUCCCCAGGAGAUGCCCCAGUUCCCACCCUAUGCCCAAGGUUCCAGUUUUUUCUCACACCAGCCUCUCCAGUUGGAUCAGUUCUCCGACUGUUUCCACUUAGAUGUCUCUUUACCUACCCACGUAGAAUUUGCCAUGGAAGAUAGCUUUAUGUUUAGUCCUCAGCCACCUGUACCGGUCUUCCCCACACCCUACUGUCAGCAGCCGGCCCCAGUGGUUCAUAAAGGUUUCCCCCGGUAUCGCCCUCGUGGCCCAUACGUUCACUGGAGACGGAGACCUAGACAUUCAAAAAAGCAGGCAUACAAUCAAGGUCUCCGUAGACUGACCUAG